GUCAGCAUGAGAGACUCGAGACCUGAUUCUUGGUUCUUCAGCUUUCUGGUGAGUUUUACAAUAAUGUUAAUAAUGUGAAUAUUUGAGACAAUGUCAGUGCUUUAUGGGAGCGUUACAGAACACCCUUUCCAACAGGUUUUCAGUCUAUCUAGGAGCCUCUUUGUCUCUGCAGCCCUUGCUGAGAAUCAGACUUCUAAGGGUGAGUGUUCUCAUCAGAACUGCUGUGUUUUUACAAGCAAUAUUCAGCACAGAGUAACAAUGCAUUAAAAGUGUUCCACCGCAGAAGUGAAGGUAAAAAAACUUAUCUGAGUCUCUAUUUUGUAGCUAAAGUUACAUUUGUGCAGCCAACUGCGCUGCCUUCUGCCCAUCGCUGUGCAUCCUGCAGGCUGGCUGUUUCCUGAAGCACACGCUCUACUCUGUUUUUUUCUUCAGAUUUUGCUCCUGUUAUGAUAGAGACCUUGAGACACAUGUAUGAAUAUGUGCCCACUGCUUUGGACUGGUGGCAUGCAGAUAGGUUCUGUGACCAGCGCUUUGCUCAGCUGCUUUUUGAGCCCCCAGACAGCGAGCAAUCGUCCUUCAGCAAACUGCUGCAGUCCCACCACAUCAGAGGUUCUGUCUGGCUGAAUGAAAGGGAUGGGGUCCUGCACAAACCAAAAUGGAGACGGAACCAUAUUGUGCCAGUUCUGGUGUUUGGAGUCAAAACAGACACAAAAUAUGUGAAGGUGCUCUCUGACUUCCCAGUGCUGCCUGCUGUCACAGCCUGUGCCCAUCUCCAGUGGGACACCAGGAGUCAGGAAAUUGCUACUGUCUUUUCCUAUGCUGUGCCAGCUUUUAUUAAUGAAUUCCAGCUCCGUGGCUUUGUUGAUGAGGAAGGCUUUGUUAGAUUUGCUCUCAUUGUCCAUGGGCACCAUUCCCCAUACCUGCCUGUGUUCCGUGCGGAUGGACAGUGGCAUCACUUCUGUGUGACGUGGCAGCAGGAAAAUGGGACCUGGGCCAUCUAUGCUGAUGGUAAAAGGAGGGCAUCUGCCAGCGGCCUGUGUACUGCGGGGCUGGAUGCCCCCCAGGCCAUCUACGGCCAGGGCACUUUCAUAAUUGGGCAGGAUCAAGAUUCCCUGGGGGGCACCUUCAAGGCAAAAGAGUCCUUCAGUGGGAACAUCACAGACUUGCAUAUCUGGCAGAAAGUCCUGAGCGUGGAGCAGAUUGAGAAUGUUCGGUCAUGCUGGAUGGUAGAACAAGAGCUUGUGUUUGGGUGGAGCUUGAAUGCUCUGGAGAUUGAAAGCACUGUUGAGGAAGUGACUGCACAGUUUCUUUGCCCAGGGCCUGUUGAAGAAUGUCGAGUUUUUGAAGUUGGCAGCAGCGGAUUCCACCACACAUCUUGUUUGCAAUCUCUGCCUUUUAUCUGUCGCUACAGAAAGGAUGCAUAUUGGCAACUGAAAAAAGCUCAGCUGGAAUCCAGCCAUUUGCUUGUCAGCCAUGUGAACAUGCUUGCAAAGAGGAUGGUGCAGAUUCCUGAGAACAUCUUCACAAGUAAUGUCCGAGACAUGAACCUCUCUGUCGCUCUUGGUACUCUUGAUGUCCUGGCAACUGUUCUGAGGAAAGAAGAGACACCUGUGGAGUCCUCUGACCUCCUCAUGGUGCUUCAGUUACUAAAACAAGUUGCUGAUGUGGAAAUCCAGGAAAGAGAGGAGCUGGAGAUGCUGGAGCAGUUGGGCCAAUAUUAUGUGGAAGUGACUGAGUUAAUCCUGGAAGAGCAGAAUAUUGAAACGUGGUCAUCCAUCAGCCAGGCUGUCAGAGGGCCUAUGGCUGUUGUUGAGCUCUGUGACAGAGUGGUGUCACUUCUGGCCCCACUGCUGACCUCAGGGAGGACAAAGAUCACAAUCCAGCAUCAAAAUGUUGGGAUGGAGGUCAGGAAGCUGGAGCUGAGCAGUCAGCAGCUGAGCAGUGAGACAUACCUAAUCCAGAGCCCUGAGGAGGACAGGCCUGACUUCAUUGAAAUUCCUGUUGAAGAGAUUCAAAGACUGAAAGCCAAAGGUCUCCGCAGGGUCACAGUGAAGAACAUGUGGUUUGGCUACAGCUCCCUGCAGCACUGCCUGCCCAGCCCAGGCAGCAGUGCUGCCUUUCAAGACGUGGCUGCCUCUGAUGGAGGACAGAAGUACCUGAGCACUGCAGCGGGCACUGCUGUCAUUUCAUCCACCGUGCUCAGCGAUUACCAGGAGAUAAGCACUUCUGUGCGCUACCAUCUGCAACACCACACCCAGGACCUGCCUGAUAAGCUGGUGGGGCCCAUCUGUGCCUUCUGGAACUUCAGCCUCAGCCCAGAUGCUGGUGGGAUGUGGUCAACAGCUGGCUGCUCUGUGGUGACAUCUCUACCAGAUUCCACUGUCUGUUUCUGCAACCAUACCACAAACUUUGCUGUGCUACUGCAAGUGUAUGAGAUAGAGAGGACCACCAAGGAGGAGCUCACACUACAAACCUUGACUUUUAUUGGAUGUGGAGUUUCCUUUUGUGCCCUGGUUGUUACCUUCAUUUUAUUCUUGGUAGUUGGUGUCCCCAAGAAUGAACGAACAACUGUGCACAAGAACCUGAUCUUUGCAUUAGCUGCAGCAGAAGCUCUGCUCAUGUUCAGUGAAUUGGCCAAGACCAACCAGGUGCUGUGUUUUCUGGUCACUGCCUUCCUUCAUCUCUCAUUCAUGGCAGCCUUCUCAUGGAUGCUGGUUGAGGGGCUUCUCCUGUGGAGUAAGGUGGUAGCAGUCAACAUGAGUGAAGACAGGAGAAUGAAGUUCUACUAUGCGACAGGCUGGGGCCUUCCAGCCAUUAUCGUGGGUGUAACCCUUGCAACUUCCUUCAAUAACUAUGUGGCAGACAACUACUGCUGGCUGAAUGUUCAGACCAAUAUCAUCUGGGCCUUUGUUGGGCCUGUUCUCUUCAUCCUGGCAGUGAACACCUUUGUGCUUUUCCGGGUGGUGGUGGUGACUGUGUCCAGUGCUCGCAGGAGGGCAAAGAUGCUGACACCCAACAGCAGCCUGGAGAACCAGAUUGGAAUACAAAUAUGGGCCACAGCUAAACCCAUCUUGGUGCUGCUGCCUGUGCUGGGACUGACAUGGGUGUGUGGGAUCCUUGUCCACCUCAGCAUCAUUUGGGCUUACGUCUUCAUUGUGCUCAACUCCCUCCAGGGCCUUUAUAUAUUCCUGGUCUAUGCAAUCUAUAACAGUGAGGUGCGGAAUGCCAUCCAGAGGAUGAAGGACAAGAAGAAAGCACUCUCAUUCACAAACUGCUCUCAUCCCAUCAACUACUUAUCAAGUCCAAGAAACACGACCUCCUGGGAGACCGGGAAACUGAGUCCUGCAGCAGCGAGUGCCUCUUCAAACCCUCUGCAGAAAGACCCUCCAGUGAAGAACAUCACCAACAGAGGCAACUUUGGAGGCAAAAUUCCCAUGGGGAUUUCAUCAAUCAAGUCACCAGAGAGACCGGCUGUAGAGCUGACAGCAUUCAAAUCCUCAGUGUCUAAGCAGGGCAAGCUUAGACUGUUUUCGAGAAGAUGCCACCCAGAAGCCUUACAGCUUUCCUCCCCACAGUGGACACAUGAACGAGGCAGACAGCAGUGUUUGGGAGUAAAUGUGCUGCAGUCCCAGGCUCAGCACUGUGCACGCUGAGCAGGUGCACUGGUGCAUCUCAGCCUCACCUGCUCCUGCCUAUUUUAAUGAGCCACAUGUGUAAUUAAACUCCAGCUGUGUAAAGAGGUGGGCUGUUUAGCUUGUUUUUGCUUUCUCAGGUAAGCCCCCAGCAUAUGUUUAAAAAAACACACAGCCCUGAGCACACGGAAGGGAGGAUGGAGCCCUCGCAGUGCCCAUGCUUUUGGGGUUAGGAGAACUGGCAGGGCCCAUGCAGAAGCUGGCCAGUCCCCAGGCCAGGCUUGGUGCCUCCCCUCUCCCUGGGUCAGCAAUCACACAACUGCAGUGGAAGCAGCAG